AUGAAAAAUAUUUCGAAAAACUCUAUGGAGUUAAACUUUAAAACUAGAAUUGAUUCUAUACUAACUAAUCUGGAAGCAUCAUUACUAACACUGUCUUUCCAAAUGGAAGAUAUAACAAAUGCCAUUCUUUUUGGUAGCCGAAACAUUUUACAUCCAGCUAUUUUGCCUCCAAAACAGUUGUAUAAAGAGCUCGUCGACAACUAUAGGCACCUACCAGCUGAUGUUACAUUACCUGUAAGUUUAGAAUUAAGAAACAUUUAUAAACUAUUGAAUGUGUCUAGUAUAAGUUGUUUUAGCCUAAAUACUAAGAUAGUAUUUGUAAUAAGAUUACCUUUGGUAUCCCCUAAACUGUAUGAUCUAUACCAUAAUAUAGCAUUACCAACGCCGCACGAUGAUGUUAAACCAGACACUUUUAGUCUUAUUAGGCCCAGUAGUAAAUUUAUCGCAAUGACCAGAGAUAAAUCAGAAUAUUGUAAACUCGAUUCACUCACGGACUGUCUGGCAAUCGACGUCGACGACUACAUCUGCAAUGUGAUGACCGUCUCCCCAACAAGUGCUAACCCCAGCUGUGAAAGUGAGUUAAUGUCAAAAGUUAUCAGUGUAUUACCAGUGCAGUGUCAAACCGAUUCUAUUAGUGGAACACUCAACGUAUGGAAACCGAUUUCCGAUAAUAAUUGGAUAUAUGUACAAUCCGAAAACAUUAAAGUGUAUUUAGACUGUAUUGACCAAAAGAUCAUAGAGCUAGAUGUAAUUGGUACAGGCAUCUUGAAGGUGCCGCAAAAUUGUGUAGCAUUCUGUAAAAAUACAAAAUUAAUACCUAGAUACGCUGAUGUCAAACUUAAUGUUACAGUUUUUCACCCUACUUUUAAUAUAAUUAAGGAUCCUUGCUGUGUUCUAGAUAAGAUCCCUAAAGUCCGUGAUGAGUCCCCUAUUAAACUUAAAAGUAUUGAUUUAGACAUUCUUACAUCAGACGCCAAUUCUAAAUUUAAUUCCUUAUUGAAAGAAACAGAUGAGAUUUUAAAUCAGCAACCAAUAAUAAAAUAUGGGACCCAUUAUUCAAUUGUUUUAAUUAUAAUGUUAAUUUUAAUGUGUACUUAUUUUGUAAUUAGAUUAUAUUUUUACAUUAAAGAGCACCGUCUAUCCUAUCGUUUUCCUAGGCCCUUUCAAUCGCCUCAAAAUACUAUUAAUGCUAUAACACCACAUUCGGCUACUCCCGAUACAGUCGAUUCAAAAAGAAACGUUGAUGAAAAUUCUACAGUCACACCUAGCAAUUCGAAAACUCCUUCACGUGAAAUACCUUUACCAAGCAUUAGAAUCAAUGUUUAAAUUUUUUUCUAAACUUCAGGAACAUAAGCCCCUGAAGUUUAUUCUACCCCGGGGAGGUGUUAUAGCUUUGUUAUGUAUGUAACAUCCCUUAGUCAGCCCCUUUCCUACCUAUCCAGCAUUUCCUUUGUCUAGCAGCUUCGGUUGCAUUCCCAGUCCCACACUCUCCAUCCAGUAUCCAUCCGCGCUAGACGUGUGCAUCAAAAAUCCAAAAUUGUUUUUUUUAAAAAGCCAAAAUC